AUGUCUCUCCAGCAGAAUAACAGCGCAAGGAUCCAUGUCUGUACAGACUCAAAAGGACCCUACCAUGCCAAGGAUGAAACGGUCCAACUGAACUACAUCGAAUGGCAGGACAGAUUCGCAACCGAGAAGCCGUAUGAGGUCAUAUCCAAAGCCCCUGCCGGAUUUCCACGGGCCAACUUCUCCUGUUCCCUAGCCGCGCCUGAAAUCAUCCACGAUAUUCGGGGCCGGGAGAAGCUGUUCAAUCUCCAAGACCACGGGUUUGAAAUCCGGAUGCACCACCACACGGUCGACACCUUUGACAAAGCGUCGGUCGAACAAAAUUACCUCCCAUCACUGGACAUGCUCUUGAAGGAGGUUUUUGGGCCGGGCACCGAGACGUACUUUUUCGACUGGCGAAUUCGGUCCAGUGACCGGUCAAAAUCCUCGGUGACGCCUGGAGCGAUUGUAGACCUUGAUGAUCCUCUUUUGUGCCUGCCGCCUGUUCAGACUGUACAUGUCGACCAAAGCCCUCUUGGUGCAGUCAACCGAGUGAGAUACCACAUGGGCGAGCGUGCCGAUGAUCUAUUGAAGAAGAGAUGUAGGAUUAUCAAUCUCUGGCGACCGAUGCGCCACACUAUCAACAACUUCCCGCUCGCAGUUUGUGACGGAGGUACCCUCCUCAAAGAGAAGCUCCUGACGGUGGACCAUGUUCGGAAGACGUAUAUCGGGGAGAGCAUGUAUCCGCUUGCAUGCCCAGAGAGGUACAAAUGGUACUACUUGAACCGCCAGGAAAAAGAGGAAGUGUUGUUGUUCAAGACCUACGACUCGGACAUGAAUGCCCGAGCAAAAUGUUGUCCUCAUACCUCUUUCGCACAAUCCGGGGCCAGGACGGAUGGAAACCCACGAGAAACCAUUGAAGUCAGAGCAUUGGUCUUUACCGAUGAAUAA